GACUUGAACCGGUUGACUGGCGUUUCCCCCAUUCCCUUCUUGGGAUUUGGGGGCAUGCAUGCACACACGCCUGGCAUGGCAUCCAGUCACACCGCUGGUCACAUGAGAACCCAGCACCUUGGCUACAGUGCCAUCUGCUGGCCCUAUUUUUUUCCCCAAUAAUGGUGCGUGUGCUUACCGGAGACGGAAGGUGAGAAGGCGCUGUCCAGGGCAACGGCCACGCCACAGCCCCUUCUCCACCCUCGAGGUUUGCUGGGCACAGACACGGACACACCCGACGUGCUUUCCAAGCCACCAAGGCCGGGACUUGAACUGUAUAGCUGGCCCUGUGUGACCCAGCACCUUCACGGCUCCGUCGGCUCUCCAGGUUCCUUUCUAAAAUGAGGAUUACACCUUGGGCCGAGGGAAGGCCCUGCUGAAGUGGGAGCAGGAAGGUCAGGGGAGCUGGGGUGCGUGAGCAGCCAUUCCGGCAGAGGGUGUGCUCAGGGUGGCUGGGCAGGAGUGCAGACACUUGGGGCCCUCUAGAUGCUUCUGCCUCAGGUCCUGGGCUGGGAGGCAGGAGGAGGUCUGGAGGCAGGGGAGAGGGUAGAGGAAGGGGCUUGGCCAUAGAAGGAGCAGCCCAGGAGAGGACCCAGCUGCCUGGUGCGGUCACUGGGUGGCACUAAGGAUCCAGGUUAUGCCCUUAGGGUCCAUCUGGCAGCCAUAAUGGACAUUCUAGUCCCUGUCCAGUGACUCCCAAGCCCUUGAGCCAGGAAUUGGGGCCCCCUGGCACCCAGGAUGCCAUGGAGCCGGUGCUGGGCUCCUGCAGGCACAUGCACUCCCCACACGGGCGAGUUGGGCUCGAGAAAGGACAGACAGUUGGCCCUGGAGAGGCACCUGGUCUGUGCCUGGCCUCCCAGUGGGUGCGAGGAGGGCACAGAGGUUGCUGCAGGUGAAAUUCCAGGUGGCGCCUGGGGACUGUGGUCAGGUCUGUGUGUACCUCUCAGGUCCAGUCUGUCCUGUCCCUCCUUUGGAGGUGCUGGGUGCUUCAGAGGGGUCUGGAGGUCUCUUAACCAGGAUGGGGGGCUUGAGGGCAGGCAGGCAGGCCUGUGAGUGCAACUGGAGUGGAGCUGGUGGUGUCACCUGCUGGGGGCCUCCUAGCCUUGGCCCAAGUUCUUUCUAAAUUUGCUUCUCAAUCCCAAAGGGACCCCUGGGGUCUUUUCCCCAUCCUGUCCUGGGGCUCUGGGCUUGGAGGAGGACAAGUGAUGUUAGAAGAGGAGGGGAGAGGAUGCCCAGCUGGCCCCACAUGCUCCACACCCCACCUUGUUGACAGGCAGCCCUUCUGUGUGAGGGGCAGAGGGACAAAACGCGGGCGAGGAUAGGAAGGGUGCUUGGCCCAGGUGCCCUGGACGGAGCCAAGAAACCUUGAGAGCUGCAAACCCGGGAGAAGAGGUGGCCUGCUGACCAGGGGAUCCGGGGAGCCUGCCGGCCCCUCCCGGCCUGUCCAGCCCAAGCCCCGCCCCGCCGCGCCCCUUGACUCACUUCCUUUGCAUAGAAACGGAAACCUCCCAGAGCUUCCUUUGCCCCAGAAGCUCCCUGGGGAGGUGCAGGUGUCACUGCCCCCCAGGCCAGAGCUGGCCCAGGAGGCGCCUGACCCCACCCCCAGGGAGACUGCCUCUGCUGAGCAUCAGAUCCCAGUCCACCGGGAACCCAGAGCUGGGGGCGUCUGGUGGAGCUGCAGGGCGGGUGACUUGCAUGCCCAGUGCCGCUCCCGCGCCAUGGACCGCGGCCACCCCAGCCCCCAGCCCAGCCCGGAGCCCCCGGCCGCCACCCCCCGGGCCUCCCGCUCCUGUGUGAUCGCGCCGGUGCGCGCCGCGCUCCGCCUGCGCCGCCGAGUGCGCGUCCUGCGCAAGCGCCGUCUCCUGCUGCCCAGCGCGGGGCCCGACGGCGGGGCCGCGGCGCCACAGUCAGGAGUCAACUCCGGAGCGCCGCGCGCGGGCCUGGACCAGCCCCGGUUCUUCACCUUCGAGGGCCCGGCGGAGCUGUCCUCGAGGGCGCCGCGCAAGAGGCGCCGGCGCAGCCGCGUGGUGCUUUACCCCGAGGCUUCGCGCAAGUACCGGCCGCGCGCAGAGCGGCGGAGCCGCGCCCAGCACUGCCUGCUGCUGCUCGCGGCCAUCGUGGGCUUCCAGGUGCUCAACGCCAUCGAAAACCUGGAUGACAACGCGCAGCGCUAUGACCUCGACGGGCUGGAGAAGGCGCUGGGGCGCGCUGUGUUCGGGCAGCCGGCCGCCGUGGCGCGCAUCGUGGCGCUGCUGCGGGACUACCUGGCCACUCAUGUGCACAACCGCCCGCUGCUCCUGGCGCUACACGGGCCCAGUGGCGUGGGCAAGAGCCACGUGGGCCGCCUGCUGGCGCGUCACUUCCGCGCGGUGCUCUCGGGCGGCGUGCCUGUGCUGCAGUACCAUGUGCGGCACCACUGUCCACAGCCACGCCCGGCGCAGGAGUGCCGUGAGGAGCUGGCGCGGCGGGUGGCCGACGUAGUGGCGCGCGCUGAGGCAGAGGAGAAGACCCCGCUCGUGGUGCUGGACGAAGUGGAGCUCAUGCCGCUAGCGCUGCUGGACGAGCUGCAGGGCUUCCUACAGCCUCAGCGCUCUCACCACUUCCACAAUGCCAUCUACGUGCUCCUUAGUAGCAACGGCGGCGCGGAGGUCACGCGCUUCGUGCUGCAGAACGCUUCUCGUGCGCUGUCCCUGCGCCCUGCGGGCGCCGGUGAAGCCGGGGCCACCGCGGCGCAGGCGGAGGAGGAGCUGAGCGCCACCCUGCAGGUGCUCCUGGCUCGCUACCACCCGCUGUGGCAGGGCGCAGCCAUAGUGCCCUUCCUGCUGCUGGACAAGCAAGACGUGGUCAGCUGCUUCCGGGAGGAGAUGGCUGGGGAGGGUUUCUUCCCAGAGCAGGCCCAGGCAGAGCACCUGGCGGAGCAGCUCAGCUACUAUCGGGUGGCUGGCCGUGAGUUCGCCGUCACUGGCUGCAGGCAGGUGGUGGCCAAGGUGAACCUCUUGUAGUAAAGCCAGACACCAGGACACUCGUGGGCACCGGGAGGGAGGAUCUGUGGGCUGGCCCGGGGCCCUGGGGCACCUAAUAAAGUUUGUGGCCUGCGAGGCUGGCUCACACUGA